GGAUGGUUUCGUGCCGGUUCUAAUCCAAUAUAUUAUCUUAUGGGAGUCGAUUCUGCAGUAUUUUGUGAUAAUGCUCCCGGAAAAAGUGGAUUUAUAAAAUUUGAUCCAUUAUUUGAAGGGAAAUUAACGUCUGGUGUUUUCGGUACUGGUGAUUGGAAAAAGUGUGAAUGUGUUUUAGAUGUUGAUCAAGACGCAGUCAAUCUUGCUUUUGGUGUUUUAGUAUCAG